AUGUCGUUGAGUGAGAAGUAUAAAAAAUCAGCCGAGGGGUCGUGGAUUGUUACCGUUGGUGCGGAGGUCUUCGUUUUCGUUUCCCCGACAAAAACCAGUCCAGGCGUACAGUACGGACGAGGGGUGUUUUUAAAAAAAACAAAACAACAAAAACAGGGCUUUGGAAGUAAAGAAGGGCAUCUCCGUUCCGGAGUAGAUUCGAAUUUGGGAACGUUGAAUUUUCUGUGGUUAAUCACAAAGAAGGCCGUAACAGGUGCACUAAUAGGCCUCACAAUUUCAGACCGGUAUGCCAGUGUUGUUCCUGUGCAGGGCGUCUCCAUGCAUCCUACAUUCAAUCCGAACAGCAAUACCUUUUCUGGGUCAUUCACGGGUGACCUUGUUCUGGUGGAUAAAUUUUGCCUUACAAAAUAUAAGUUUACAGAUGGAGAUGUGGUAGUCUUUAGGUCCCCUAAUAACCACAAGGAGACAGUGGUGAAGAGAUUAAUUGCCUUACCAGGUGACUGGAUCAGAAUCCCCGAAUCAUAUGAGAUACUGAAGAUCCCUGAAGGGCAUUGCUGGGUUGAGGGUGACAACUCAGCUUUUAGCAUGGAUUCAAGAUCUUUUGGCCCGAUUCCUUUGGCUUUAGUUCAAGGGAGGGUGACUGUAACACCCCGUGUUUUCAGGACGCGAGUGGCAGAUUAG